AUGAGCACGCGGGAUACACUGGCCAUGGAUUCUCUGGGUCAAGAUGCUAGAAUGCUUCUCCGACGGCGCCUAGAGUUACAGAACCAGUUACAGGCACCACCUACUGAGCUAGAGGAAUACGCUCGAGCUCUUUCGUCCAUGUCUGUGGAUAUGAAUGCGCAAUACACCGUACAACUUCUCACGUACGGCACUCGCCUUAAGCUAGCCAUUAUCUUUUGGCAUUUCAAUGACCCAGACUUGAUCCGUGGAUUCCUGCGAAGCCCGAUCAAUAAGAAGGUGUGGGAAAGUCUUUAUGCCGAUUACCUGGCCUAUAGUCAGCAAACUAUCCCCUAUCUUGAGUUCAUACAAUCCUUUGACUUCCUGCUGUCACCACAACUCCCAAAGCGCCUAGCUAGUCCGAAAUCCAGGGGUACUGGGUACAAUCCCCCACGAACUCGUCUCGAACAGAAGGUUCGAUUCGAACUACCACGACGAUGA